GUCUUGAGAUACUCCGCUUUGCUUUCCGGUGUUGUUUACGGUUUCGUCCACAACCGUUCCUUGAAGAACGAGGCCGCUGACAAGGCUGAAUUGAAGGCCUACAAGACCAAGGCCAAGUUGAUCGAACAGGCCAAGAGAGAGUACGCCACCUUGCACAAGAAGUCCGAGCCAAAGGGCGACUUGUCCAUUGAUUUGGAGGACAACAACGCUGACUUUGCUGCAUUCAUCUUGAAGGCUGUUGAAAAGUUGGAAUAA